AUGAAAUAUAAUUAUUAUCAUUAUCAUAAACAUUUAUCACUAUUAAUUAUUUUUAUCUAUACUUAUCAAACAAUUGGUGAGAUUUGUGGUCCAAUGAAUAUUGUUGGAAAUAUUGAUCACAUGAAACAAUUCAAAAAUUGUACAAUUAUAUUAGGUAAUGUUAAAAUGACAUUAAUCGAUCGUGUAACACAAUCGCAAUGGGAACAAUUAAGUUUACCAAAUUUACGUGAGAUUACGGAUAAUUUAGUAUUGUAUCGUGUAUAUGGUUUAGAAAGUCUUGGUACUAUUUUUCCAAAUUUAACAGUUAUACGUGGUUUUAAGCUGGCAUUUGAUUACGCACUCAUCUUGUAUGAAAAUAAGAAUUUAACUGAGGUAGGAUUAAAAUCAUUAACGACAAUUUUACGAGGAUAUGUACGCAUUGAAAAAAAUGAUGCAAUAUGCUAUUCACAAUCAAUAAAUUGGGAUGAAAUUACAAAAGUUAGUGGUAAUGUUAUUGAACGGGAUCAUUAUUAUUGUCCAUCAUCAAAACGUUUAUGUGAUCAUUGUCCAGACAAAAGAUGUUGGAAUCGAAAAGAUUGUUACAAAUCUGAUGUGAAUAAUAAUUGUCAUGAAUUAUGUUUGGGUGGAUGUUCUUUACCAAAUAGCACAAAACAUUGUAGAGCAUGCAAAAAAUAUAAUUAUUAUGGAACAUGUACAAGAGAAUGCCCUGUAAAUACAUUCAAAUAUGAUAAUUAUUAUUGUUUAAGUAAAGAACAUUGUUUGAGUAAAAGGCGAUUCCUAUUUGAAACAUCAUGUGUUGAAGAUUGCCCACCAAAUUAUAAACGUGUAAAUAAUAGUAAUUACUGCGAAAUAUGUGCAGAUGGGCCAUGUUCAUCAUCGUGUAACGAUAAUCAUACAUUAACCGACAUGUCAACCAUUGAAAAAGUGAAAGGUUGUCGAAUAAUCAAUGGUACGUUAGAAAUACGUCACAUACAAUCUGAGCAAACACUAAAAGAAUUAUAUGAAGCAUUAAACGCAUUAGAACAAAUAUGCGGCGGUUUAAUAGUCCAACGUAAUUAUUUCUCAUCAUUAAAUUUUUUACCAAAAUUAAGGGCUAUUCAUGGUGAACGUAUUAAUUCGAAUUAUUCCGUAUCAGUAAUGGAAAAUCCUAAUUUAGCAUCUUUAUUGAAUUGGACAGUUAUACAAAAUUUAACAAUUAAGGGCAAAUUAUUUUUUCAUUAUAAUCCAAAAUUAUGUUUAGGCGAAAUUGAUAAAUUUCGUCAAAAGGCCAAUUUAAAAUAUAAUUUUACUGAAUUAGAAAUAUCACGUAAUUCAAAUGGGGACAAAGUAGAAUGCGGUUUUGACUCAAUUAAUUCGACAUACAAAGUUUUAAGUUCAACAUCAGUUGAAAUACAAUGGGACCCAUACCAUCCACCAAAAACUCAUGCUAUAUUCGGUUACCAAGUGUUUUAUGCACCUAGUGAACUAGUGAAUACAAAUCGGUAUCGUGUAGCUGAAGUAUGCCAAGAUACGAUAUGGAAGGAAGAAACAUUAUUUUUGCAUGAUGUCAUUAAUGAUAAUGAUUAUUAUGAUACGUUAUUUAAUAUAACCAUAGAAAAUUUAAAUCCAUACUCAAAUUAUAGUUACUAUGUAGCAUCGGUGUUAAUUGAGAAUUCAACAUCGUCAGAUAUCAUACAAGAUGUUGGCGCACAAAGUAAAGUAGUUAAUUUUACAACGUUACCUGAUCAACCAGGCCGUCCACGACAUGUUCGCGCUUUUAAUAUAUCAUACAGUGAAAUUAAAUUGAAAUGGCGCGCACCUUCGCAACCAAAUGGGAAGUUAACAAAAUAUGUGAUUACGGCAUACUUACAACAAUAUGAACAUAAAAAUAUCAAUCAGCGCAACUACUGUUUAGCACCCAAAAUACCAGAAUAUGAACAAACUCAAGGAUUUUAUACAGGUAAUAAUGAUGCUUGUGAAAGCAAUGACGACAUUACUUUCGUUUUUUGUGGUAAUCAUAAAUGUAACGAUAAUCCAAAGGACGAAGAUCAACGACGUGUAACAUCCGGUUGUGAAGAUUUUGAAUUUACAAUGGAUUAUUUAAUUGACGAUUCACCGACAACGAAAACAAAUAAGCACGAUCCAUUUAGCGGCUUAAAUUUAAAAAAACGAGAUGUAACUACAUAUGAAAAUAUUAAAGAACAAAUGAAAACCUUACCCACCGGUGAAUAUGAAAUAUUUAAUUCAACCAUUGAUGCAAGCCACGAUAAAAUUAUCAUAAAUAAUUUAUUACAUUACAGUAUGUACAAAAUUUACAUAUCCGCUUGUAACGAGGAAUAUUGUAGUACUGUAACGAUCGUAACACAACGUACUUCAGCUAAGCCACAGGCUGAUGAUAUUAAAGAAUUAAUUGCACAUAAAGAUCAAGAUACAAUUGUAUUGUUUUGGCGUGAGCCUUUGCAUCCAAAUUCGAUAAUACUUUACUAUAAUAUAGAAUUAAGGUCCUUAGAUGAUCAACAAUAUUCAUCGUCAAAAAUAUCAAUAUGCAUUACACGCGAACAACAUUUAAAAAAUAAUUUUUUUUAUAAAGUAAAUCAUUUACCACCCUCAUCGGCAUACGUUGUACGAAUUCGUGCCACCUCAUUGUACGGUAACGGUAAUUGGACCGAUAAAAUAAUUCUAACCUCAUGGAAUUGGAAAUUCAUUAGUAAUUAUACAUUAGUUCUUACGAUUAUUUUAAUUGUAAUAUUUAUAUUAAUUUGUGUGGUGAUUUAUAAGUGGAAACACGAUAAAAAACUAUUUAUAAUUUCACGAAAACAGGUUAGAAUCCAUAAAAAAUUGUAUGAUUUAGGUUAUGAUCAUGGAUUUAUAUCUACAGGAUAUUUUCGAGGUAGUCCAUGUUUAUUAAAAGUUUCGAAUAAGGAUUCAUUUUUUGACGAUAUUAAUGUUUUCAUGAAGUUUAAUAGUGAAUAUAUUUUAAAAAUAUUAGGAACAAUUACAAAUCAUUUACCAUAUAUUGUAAUUUUUGAAAAUUGUCAAGAUGUUUUAUCAGAAUAUUUGAAAAAAUGUUCAUCUCAUAAUGUUUCAAUACCACAUAAAUAUAUGUUUCAAUGGGCUACAGAAAUUGCUGACGGAAUGGCAUAUUUAGCCAGUAAAAAUUAUGUUCAUGGCGAUUUAUCGGCUAGAAAUAUAUUACUUACAAAUAAUUUCACAAUAAAAAUAUCUAAAUUUGGAUUUGGUAAAGGAUUGGAACCACAAGAGUACGUGAAACUUUUUGAUGACGAAACAUCAACGAUACCUUUACGUUGGACGUGUAAAGAAAUUCUUUCCAAAAGACAUAAAAAGAUAUCUACACUUUCAGAUAUUUGGAGUUAUGGUGUAUGUCUGUGGGAAAUUGGAAAUUGUAAUAAUGUAAAUAAACCGUAUAGUAAAAUAAUCGAUUCUAAUCUCGUAGCUUAUUUGGAAAACGGUGGCAGCUUAGAAAUACCACAUACCAUGCCAAUAAUUUUAGUAAAAAUUAUUAAAAAAUGUUUUAAAAGUGAAACACUUCGACCAUCGUUUAAAGAUAUUGUUCUAUUAGGGCUUCCAAUUUAUAAUAAUUUUUAUGUAAAAUCGUUUGUGUUUUCCAAAAAUAGUUCAAUUCAAAUAGAUUAUGUAUCAGCCUCAGCUAGUUUCAAUAGACAAUGCGACGAAUUUUCAGAUGAUUUAUCUUUGAUUAAUAAUGAAAUUGAAAAUAUUGAUUCUGUAUCAUCAUUUUCGGCCAUUAGCGACCAUGAAGUAAUUAUUAAUUCUAAUAGAAAUAGAUUAAAUAAUUUUUUUCAAAUUUCUAAUGACGAUUGGGAAGAAUGGUCAAAAGCAAAAAUUGAUCCAAUCACGUUGACUUGGUUUUAAUUUACAGUCUUUGAUCAAAGACUGAAAGAUAAGAUGUAAUAUUUUAUUAUUUGACAAAUUAUUUCAAACAUUAUUAUUAAUGUUAAAAAAUAAUAACAUUGCAUGAAAUCUUUAUUCAUUAGAUUCGAAAUAGAAUUCUCUCAACGCCUCGCCUAUUGGUUAAUUAAUUGUAACGAAAGGAGUUUUUAAAAUCUCUGUUAUUUACGAAUU